AUGAAGCUUUCUGUCGCCCUCGCUGGCGCUGCCCUCUUGGGCCGUGCCCUGGCGGACGUGCCCGAGAUUGUGAUCAAGGGCAAUAAAUUCUUCUACUCCAACAACGGUACUGAAUUUUACAUUCGAGGUGUUGCCUACCAGCAGGAUUACAACUCAAACGGUACUGCCGAGGCCAACCAGGACUACACGGACCCCCUCGCCGAUGACUCCAACUGCGAGCGUGAUAUCCCAUACCUGAAGCAGCUGCGCACCAACGUCAUCCGAACCUACGCCGUGAACCCGUCCGUUAGCCACGACCGCUGCAUGGGAUUGUUGGCGGAUGCGGGUAUCUACCUGAUUACCGAUCUUUCGUCUCCUUCAGACUCCAUCAACCGCGCCGACCCCCAGUGGAACACCGAUCUUUACACUCGCUACACCAGCGUGAUUGAUGCCUUCGCCAACUACACCAACGUGAUUGGGUUCUUUGCCGGAAAUGAAGUCGCCAACAACCAGACCAACACCAACUCCAUUGCCUUUGUCAAGGCCGCUGUGCGGGAUAUGAAGGCCUACAUCAAGAAGAACCACCGUUCCUCCCUCGCGGUGGGAUACGCCACCGACGACAACGCCGAUCUUCGCGCGUCCUUGGCCUCGUACCUGGUUUGCGGCGACGAGGGCAGCCGUAUCGACAUGUUUGGUUACAACAUCUACGAAUGGUGUGGUGACUCCAGCUUCAAGACCUCCGGAUAUCAGGCGCGCACCGAGGAGUUCCAGGAUUACCCCGUUCCAGCUUUCUUCUCCGAGUACGGCUGCAUUCACCCCCGCCCUCGCAAGUUCACCGACGUCCCCGUUCUGUUCGGCCCCCAGAUGAAUGACGUGUGGAGCGGUGGUAUUGUCUACAUGUACUUCCAGGAAGUCAACGACUACGGUUUGAUUAGUCUGGAUGGCAGCUCGGUUGUCACCCAAUCCGAUUUCUCCUACCUCUCGUCGCAAAUGCAGAAGGUUACUGCCACCGGGGUAAACAGCAACUCCUAUACCCCGACUAACACCGCCAUCCCCUCUUGCCCCGCCGUGAACGGCAGCUGGGAAGCCGCCGAAGCCCUUCCUCCUACCCCGAAUGCCAAGCUUUGCUCUUGCAUGCAAUCGACUCUGACUUGCCAGGUGAAGGACUCCGUGGAUUCCUCUGCUUAUGGUGAUAUCUUUAGUUAUCUCUGCGGUAUAGAUGGUGGCAAGUACUGUGAUGGUAUCACUGCCGAUGCUGUCAACGGCACCUAUGGAGCCUACAGCGUGUGCCCUGACAAGGAGAAGCUCUCUUUUGUUAUGACCCAGUACUACCGAGCCCAGGGCAAUGACAGCAGCGCCUGUGACUUCAAGAGCCGGGCUUCCGUCGUCAGCGCCUCUGGUGCCGGGGAUGACUGCACCACCUUGCUUGAGCAGGCCGGCAGCAGCGGUACUGGCAAUGUCUCCACUCCUGCAGGUGGUGUUGGUGGUAGCUCUAACUCUAGCUCCAGUGAGAAGACCUCUGACUCUGCUGCUGGUAUCGGUGCUACCCCCAUCGCUGUUUAUGUGGGCAACCUGCAGCUGGGCGUGUACUUUGUCGCCGCUCUUGUUGCGGGACUGGGCAUGAUUGCCUUGUAA